GCGGCAGGCAGAGCACGUGACUCUUCCGAGGCCGGGUUCGAGGCCUAGUGGCGGGAUGGCGGGACGUGAGGGCGGGGCGCUGGGUCGCAGUGCGCCUGUGUCAGCGCGGUGCUACUGAGUUGUUCCCCCGCCAGCUGUCGGAACUUUGCCCGCCCAGUCCUUUGGCGGACAGACAGAAUGGCAACCCAGGGAACAGUCGGAGCUCUCCCCUGGUAACUGCUGCUAAAUAUAGUCAAAGCAGUGACCUGGGUACUUCUUCACGCAGUGCGUGCCCGGCGCCGGUGCCAGGCCCAGAGCUUGGCACUGUGGGAUAAACAAGAGCUGCGGCAGCAUGGAUCUACCGGUGGAUGAAUGGAAGUCCUACCUACUUAAGAAGUGGGCUUCACUCCCGAAGUCUGUGCAGGACACAAUUUCUACAGCAGAGACUUUGAGCGACAUCUUCCUUCCUUCUUCUUCCCUUCUUCAACCUGAGGAUGAGAUGUUUUUGAAGGAACUUUCUAGUAGUUACUCGGUGGAAAAGGACAAUGAUGCUCCCCUCUUCUACAGAGAAGAAGGAAACAGGAAAUUCCAAGAAAAGGAGUACACAGAUGCUGCAGUGCUGUACUCUAAGGGAGUGUCUCAUUCAAGGCCUAACACUGAGGACAUUUCACUGUGCUAUGCCAAUCGCUCUGCAGCGCUCUUCCAUCUGGGUCAGUAUGAAGCAUGUCUUAAAGACAUAGUGGAAGCAGGUAUGCAUGGGUAUCCUGAAAGACUGCAGCCCAAGAUGAUGGUGCGUAAGACAGAAUGCCUGGUGAACCUGGGGAGACUCCAGGAGGCAAGACAGACCAUCAGUGAUCUCGAAAGCAGCCUCACUGCCAAGCCAACCCUGGUGCUUUCCUCUUACCAGAUUCUGCAAAGGAAUGUCCAGCAUCUGAAAAUAAAGAUCCAAGAAAAGGAGACUCUCCCAGAACCCAUCCCUGCAGCUCUCACCAAUGCCUUCGAGGAUAUAGCCCUGGGGGAAGAGAACACACAGAUUUCUGGGGCCUCCCUCUCUGUCAGCUUAUGCACACACCCUUUGAAAGGCCGCCAUCUAGUUGCCACAAAAGACAUUCUCCCAGGAGAACUGCUGGUGAAGGAAGAUGCUUUUGUAAGUGUCCUUAUCCCAGGAGAAAUGCCACGACCUCAUCAUUGCCUUGAGAACAAGUGGGAUACCAGAGUUACCAGUGGAGACCUCUACUGUCACCGAUGUCUGAAGCACACUUUGGCCACAGUACCUUGUGGCAGCUGCAGCUAUGCCAAGUAUUGCAGCCAGGAAUGUAUGCAGCAGGCAUGGGACCUCUACCAUAGCACAGAGUGUUCUCUUGGGGGGCUGCUCCUCACACUCGGGGUCUUCUGCCAUGUUGCCCUGAGAAUGACUCUUUUAGCCAGAUUUGAAGAUGUUGAUAGAGUUGUAAGGAUGCUUUGUGACGAGGUUGGUAGCACAGACACCUGUUUACCUGAAAGCAAGAAUCUGGUCAAGGCAUUUGAUUACACAAGUCAGGGAGAGAGUGAAGAGAAGAGCAAGAUAGGUGAACCCCCAAUUCCUGGAUGCAAUGUCAAUGGAAAGUAUGGAAGUAAUUAUAAUGCUAUCUUCAGCCUUUUGCCCCAUACUGAAAAGCAUAGCCCAGAACACAGAUUCAUCUGUGCCAUCAGUGUCUCCGCACUGUGCAGACAACUCAAAGCUGACAGCGUGCAGGCCCAAACCUUAAAGUCCCCUAAGCUGAAAGCAGUGACCCCAGGGCUGUGUGCAGAUUUGACUGUUUGGGGAGCAGCCAUGCUGCGACACAUGCUACAGCUGCAGUGUAAUGCCCAGGCAAUAACAUCCAUAUGUCACACAGGGUCUAACGAGAGCAUCAUUACCAACAGCAGGCAGAUACGCCUUGCCACAGGCAUCUUCCCUGUUGUCAGCCUCCUGAACCACUCCUGCAGGCCCAACACCAGUGUGUCCUUCACUGGCACUGUCGCCACCGUCCGGGCAGCACAGAGGAUCGCAAAAGGACAGGAGAUUCUGCACUGCUAUGGGCCUCACGAGAGCCGGAUGGGCGUUGCUGAGAGGCAGCAGAGGCUGAGUUCUCAGUACUUCUUUGACUGCCGCUGUGGGGCCUGUCACGCUGAGACACUGAGAGCAGCUGCAGCUCCCAGAUGGGAAGCCUUCUGUUGUAAGACUUGCAGAGCGCUCAUGCAGGGAAAUGAUGUGCUGAGCUGUAGCAACGAAUCUUGCACAAACUCUGUCAGCAGGGACCAGCUAGUCUCUCGCCUGCAGGACCUUCAGCAACAGGUCUGCAUGGCCCAGAAGCUUCUCCGAACCGGUAAACCAGAGCAAGCCAUUCAGCAGUUGUUGCGGUGCCGGGAGGCUGCUGAGAGCUUCUUGUCAGCAGAGCACACCGUACUGGGGGAAAUUGAAGAUGGCCUGGCCCAGGCCCAUGCUACCUUAGGGAACUGGCUAAAGUCUGCUGCCCAUGUACAGAAGAGUCUCCAGGUGGUUGAAACUCGCCAUGGGCCAUCCAGUGUUGAAAUUGGCCAUGAGCUCUUCAAACUGGCCCAAGUCCUAUUCAAUGGGUUGGCAGUGCCUGAAGCUCUGAGUGCCAUCUGGAAGGCAGAAAGGAUCCUGUUGGUGCACUGUGGCCCUGAGAGUGAGGAGGUCCGGGAGCUCCGGGAAAUGAGGUCCUGCUUACUGGACUCGUCAUUCGUCCCUGUGGGGCCCUUGGUGUAGAGCAAUCAUCCUCACCCUCAAGAAGGAGCUCUGGUGAUGACUGAGAUGUUCUGUUGGCUUGGAGCUCUCAUCAGAGAGGACGGGACCUUCCCACCUGACCUGAGCCUAGUGUCUGGCACAGAGAGCACUUGAAAACAGAUUGAGACACUCACCUGCCAUGCUGGCUGCUGCUUGCAAGAGCUAACUGCCCUCUGAUGGAAACCCCAUGCCCAGAAAAGACUAAAUCCAGUAUCUAAAGGCUGCUUUAAAGGGUUGUCACUGCAGCCGGGCUUGGUGGCACACGCCUUUAAUCCCAGCACUCGGGAGGCAGGCGGAUUUCUGAGUUCAAGGCCAGCCUGGUCUACAAAGUGAGUUCUAGGACAGCCAGGGCUACAGAGAAACCCUGUCUUGAAAAACCAAAAAAAUAAAAAAUAAAAAUAAGUAAAAAAUAAAUAAAUAAAUAAAUAAAGGGUUGUCACUGAUCUGCAGGCAGCUCAUGCUAGCCUAGGCUUUUGGCUCGAUUUCAUCUCACUAAACGAUGAAUCUGUUUCCCUGGAACAUUCCUAUGGUUUCUAGUAGUAAUGAAGUGCUGUGUUCCACUCCAGUGAGAACUUCAAUUCUUAGUCUUGUAUUAUAAUUGAAAAAUAAUAUAUAGCAAGAAAUCAGUAUGACUGCUUACCUCAAGAGACAUACAAUUCCACUUACAAUAUCCUGCUUCCUUAAAUUUUUCAUUAAGACUGGUGAUAUAUAAUUUGUGAAUGGAGAAAUAAAUACGUCUUACUGUUGGCAGUUUCUUCCUGGGAUGGC